GUGUCCCUUGGACACAGCAGAUCACCGAUCAACGGAAAGAGCCGAAGAUGUUGGCUCAGUCAUGGGACAUGUACACAGAUCAUCAGAGCACUCAGAGCCCUGAUGAUCUGUGUAGCCCCAGCAGUGCCACCUGUCAGUGUUCAUCAGUGCCAGCUGUCAGUGCUCAUCCAUGCCACCUGCCAGUGCCCAUCAGUACCACAUCAGUGCCACAUUUCAGUGCCCAUCAAUGCCACAUCAAUGCCACAUAUUAGUGCCCAUCUGAGCUGCCUUUCAGAGUCACCCAUCAGUGCCAGUCAGUGCCACCUAUCAGUGCUGCCCAUCAGUGCCACCAUCAGUGCCGCCUAUCAGUGCCAGUCAGUGUCAGUGCCAGUCAGUGCCGCCUAUCGGUGUACAUCAGUGCUGCCUAGCAGUGCCACCUAACAGUGCAGUGCCGCCUAUCAGUGCC